CCAACACCAGCAGCCGAGCUCCACUCAGUGCCAGCGAGUGGCACAGGCAGCCACUGCUCCCAGACACACUAGCCAUCAGCCCAUGGAGUCUGGGGCUCUCCUCCUGUUGGGCCUCUGCUCUGCUGGCCUUGUUCUGGGCUCCGAACAUGAGACCCGUCUGGUGGCAAAGCUAUUUAAAGACUACAGCAGUGUGAUUCGGCCAGUGGAGGACCACCGUGAGGUCGUGCAGGUCACCGUGGGCCUGCAGCUGAUCCAGCUCAUCAAUGUGGAUGAAGUAAACCAGAUUGUGACAACCAACGUUCGUCUGAAACAGCAAUGGGUGGAUUACAACUUGAAAUGGAAUCCAGAUGACUAUGGUGGUGUGAAGAAAAUCCACAUUCCUUCGGAAAAGAUCUGGCGGCCAGACCUUGUUCUCUAUAAUAAUGCAGAUGGAGACUUUGCCAUCGUCAAGUUCACCAAAGUGCUCCUGGACUACACGGGCCACAUCACAUGGACACCUCCAGCCAUCUUUAAAAGCUACUGUGAGAUCAUCGUCACCCACUUCCCCUUUGAUGAGCAGAACUGCAGCAUGAAGCUGGGCACCUGGACCUAUGAUGGCUCUGUGGUAGCCAUCAACCCGGAAAGUGACCAGCCAGACCUGAGCAACUUCAUGGAGAGUGGGGAAUGGGUGAUCAAGGAGGCCCGGGGCUGGAAGCACUGGGUGUUCUAUUCCUGCUGCCCCAACACCCCCUAUCUGGACAUUACCUACCACUUCGUCAUGCAGCGCCUGCCCCUCUACUUCAUCGUCAAUGUCAUCAUUCCCUGCCUGCUCUUCUCCUUCUUAACCAGUUUGGUGUUCUACCUGCCCACAGACUCAGGGGAGAAGAUGACACUGAGCAUCUCUGUCUUACUGUCCUUGACUGUGUUUCUUCUGGUCAUUGUGGAGCUGAUCCCCUCCACGUCCAGUGCCGUGCCCUUGAUUGGGAAAUACAUGUUGUUUACCAUGGUGUUUGUCAUCGCGUCCAUCAUCAUCACUGUCAUCGUCAUCAACACGCACCACCGCUCUCCCAGCACCCACGUCAUGCCUGAGUGGGUCCGGAAGGUUUUCAUCGACACUAUCCCAAAUAUCAUGUUUUUUUCCACAAUGAAAAGACCAUCCAGAGAUAAACAAGAGAAAAAGAUUUUUACAGAAGACAUCGAUAUUUCUGACAUUUCGGGGAAGCCAGGGCCUCCACCCAUGGGCUUCCACUCUCCCUUGAUCAAGCACCCUGAGGUGAAAAGUGCCAUUGAGGGUGUCAAGUAUAUCGCAGAGACCAUGAAGUCAGACCAGGAGUCCAAUAACGCGGCUGAGGAGUGGAAGUAUGUUGCGAUGGUGAUGGACCACAUUCUCCUUGGAGUCUUCAUGCUGGUCUGUCUCAUCGGGACCCUGGCUGUGUUUGCAGGCCGGCUUAUUGAGCUACAUCAACAAGGAUGAAGGAAAACUGAGUUGCGCCUACCUCUGCUCCAGGACCAGCCAGAGCAGGAGGAGGCCAGAAAGAGGAGGAUCUGUCUACUUUAAUACCUUCUUACUUAUCAAAUAUGCAAUUUUCUACACUUCCUAUUAAUGCUAAUGAUUUAUGUUUAUACCAGUUAUGACCUUGAAGUGUUUUUUUCUUUGUUUCUCUCUUGAGUGAACCCUUUCCAGUAAAUAAAAAUGGAUCUUUA